CUGUGAAGAAUCAGCACUGUUAAACCAUAGCCCGUUUUUAAAAUAUCAAAAUGGGUUGUUUGGGUGCAAUUGCGAAAUUUCCCAUUGAAGAAUGGUCAGAUGAAAUAACUGAAAUGAAAAGGCUGAAAUUAUACAAAAUUUACGAAAUCAGAAAUAUUUUACAAAAACGCAAACAAUACGAAAUAAAAUUGCGUGGACCAAUGCAAGAACUAAUGGAUUAUACAAAGUUCAUACGAUUCGAAAAAGAUCUCGUGAGGGACGUGCAAAUCAGAAGAAAAAAAUUAAAAAUUCUAGAGGGAAGAAACAAUAUCGAAUUAAGACUCUUUAAGAAAAUUAAAAAUCUAUUUGAAAACGCUGUACGAAGAUUUACAGAUUAUAAAUUAUGUCUGACAUACAUUAGAUUUUGUAAAAGUUCAAAUUUUGAACCUGACAUGGAACAUGUGGAAUAUAUUGUUACAAGUUUUCCAGAAGUUUCUACAGUUUGGCUAGAAUCGGCAAGUUGGGUAAGAAAGAAGAGCAUUAGAGAGGCAAUAAGUCUAAUUAACCGAGCCUUAGUUCUAAAUCCUACUUAUUCCAUAUUGCAUAACGAAGUUAUAAAAUUGGAAUUAUUAAGUACUAAUAGGGUUUGUUCUCGUGAAGAACUUCAAAAAAGACACGAAAUCUAUUGCAAGAAAAUCAACCUCUAUUUGGACGAAUUCUUUGAAAAUGUUUACGAUUAUAGAGGUUUGGUGAGAGUAUUAGAAACGUUGGAAGUCUACCCUUAUACAAUUCUUUUGCAAUAUAGAAUAAUAGAGAAGAUGAUGACUGAUUUUGUCAAUGAAGAAGAAGUCUGGCAAUUCUUGGGAGAAAGAGAAAAAAAUGGCAAACAUUAUCCAAUUCCUUGUGACGAUGACAGUUUAAAAAGUACAACGUUUUGUUUAACCAGAUGUAUAGAGAAAUAUGAACAAGGUAUUGUCCAUAUAUGUCCGUCAAAGAAAAGCGAAUUAUGGAAAUUAUUUUUAGAUUGUUUAAUAGAUUUAUACUAUUUUUACAAAAAUGAUAAUGAAUUAUUAUUUUCAUUUAUACAAAAUAUUUUAUUCCAAAAAUUUCACGAAGCUACAGAAGAUUCUUCUUUGGUACUUGACGAAGACCAUUAUUCUAUGUGUGCUGAUCUAGAAGAAGAAUUAGACGAUAAAUUAAAAAUCGUAGAAAUAGGCUUAGCAGUUUUACCAACCUCGAUAGAACUUUGGAAACUCAAACUUGAAAUCUUAUUAAAAAAAGACGUGUCACAAAUAAAGGAACAGUUUAAAAAAGGUAUCUUGAUAUUGAAAGAAGAAUCUGCUCCUCUUUGGAGAAUGAUCAUAAACUAUCAUUUAAAUUAUUCUUCAAUUAAUACAAUAAAAGAAAUUUAUGAAGAAGCUAUUAAGCAACCUGAAGAAAUAUCUAAUGUAAUCAAACCAGAAUACCUCGAGUGGGUUGGAACAAAUCUAGGAAUUCGUGCCGCAAGAGAAGUUUAUAAAGAAAUUUCGGAAACUCUUCCAUUUUGCAAAAAUCUCCAUGAAGAAAUGUUUAAAUUAGAAAGAAAAGAAUUUUAUAUUGACGUCCAAGAUUUAGAACGUCCUUUAUUGUUAGCAUGUCACCAAUUUGGGCAUUUAGAUUCAGAGGUAUGGAUCAACCUAAGAAACUGCUACUAUCAAUUUAUUUACCUAUUUAAGAUAGAAAUUCCAGAUUUUAAUAUUAAAGCUAAAUAUUUACACAUUGGUUUUGAAGCAGAAAAAGCUCUUAAGGAUAAUGAGGAAAUGUUGAUAAAAUUUAGGAAUAGUUACGGUUUGGGGAAGCAAUUGGUAACCAAAUCUUACCAAUCUUCAUUUGAUAACAGGUAUUUAAAUUUUGAAGUCAUCCCUAGCUUCUACAAGGUUCUUGCUGACCUUAAUGACUAUGAUAGUGAUGAUGAUGAUGAUUUGUAAGUUGAAAUGUUCAGUUUCUAUUACAUGUCCAAAACUAUGUUUUUUUAGAACUAAACAUGAAACAGAUAUUUUAAAUGAAAACUGAUCAUAUUUAAAACUGCCCUAUACCUAUAUUGAAUUCUUUAGAAUGAAUGAGUGAUCAUUAUCUCUGAUUGGAGUUAAAUCUGUUAAUGUUCCUAGACCCUUUUAUUAAAACUUACUUUUGGACUUUAAAACUGAUAUUGAUUGACUGAAUUGGAUACAUCCAAGAAUAAAAUUACUUAAAUUCCCAAGUGAAUGUUUCCCUUAGAUUUGUUCCACCUAUCAAAGAAUGUUUAAAAUAAUAGAUUUGGUAAAAUUGUAAAUUGAUGUUUAACUAAAAAUAGCGAUGUGUGUUGUCUCUAGUCCAGUAAUUUAUAUUUAAAUAUAUUAUUUAUUGAUUCAAAAUUAAACAGUUUACAGUCGUCUUGAGUCAAAUUCAAAAAGAAGUUUUUUUGUACUUAAAUUUAAUAGUCAUGCCAAAACCUUUAAGAAUACAUUUGGUGUAAAAUUCCGGUUUUAUAAGCAAUUUUUGGUUCCACAUUUUAAAGAUGAUAAAACUGCAUCAAAAAUAUUGUGAUUUUUUAUUUUUCUAUAAUCAUUGUUUUGUUUAAAGAAUCGGAUUUUUUUGAUUAAAUCAGUAAAUGUUUUAUAUUGUGAAAAAAUGUGAAUUCUUAAUUUUAAAUUAUGAAACUAUUUUAAUAACUAUUAUCAUUGUCUGUAUAAAGAUAUAGUCUAUCAACCUCAUGAGAUUGAACGAGAGUCAAAAUAUAGAUGGAUAUAUACCAGAACGUGGUGACAUUUACAUUUUUUGGGAACUAUUUUUCCUACGCCUGACAAAAAAAUCUUGUGUGGGCUAUUAUGUACUAUAUUUUUAGUGAGAAUAUAAGUAGGUUCACUAAUUAAUUAAGUGUGGCUGUCACAUACAGAGUCUUCAACAAUACCCGUAUCCCACGUGAUCUGGCAGAACAAGAAAUUUAAUGAAAAUUGCUUUUUUUAAUGACUCUCCAUAACAACUUUAAUUUGUCAAUUCUGUCAAACAAAGAUGUUAGUGGUAUAAUUUUGGGGCCACUGCUGAAGUUAUUAAUCUUACUUUUAUCCAUCUGGUAACAUCAAUUUAGGCAUGUACUUGGGAUACGGGUAUUGUUAAACUGUAUAUACUUUUUUAGGUCUUUUGGAAUCUCGUGUUAAAUGUUUGUUUUUGUUGGUUUAGAGUUUUAUCCUGAAUGUGUUUUAAACAUCAAUUUCAGUGUUUUAUAACUGUCUACAAGUCAUAUAGAGUAGAAAUUGGACGAGUCAGAGUUUAAAAAUUAUAUUUAUUUAAAAUAAAGAGUAUCAUAAUAGUUAGGUCCUGCAGCCACACGAAGGCAAGGGGGGCUUCUUCAAAUACUUAUGUUAUAAAUGAAUUAGUCCUUUUUUACUCUGUUCACUGUGGGUUGGCGAAAUGACUCGGUGCCCGCAGUCAAAAAAUUAUAAAAAAAAUAUAUAUUCUGUUCACAUUAAACUAACUGUGUUAAAUGUUUAAAAAUAUAUAUGUAUCUGUUCUAAAUAAAUGUUUAUAUACUUAUGCAAAUUA